AGGCUAGAACUCUGAGCAGCAGUCAUCUUUCAGCAGUGGGCAUUUGACAUUACACAACGUACCGAACAGCAACUAGCAAUUCACAGCAAGAACACACACAAUCAAUUCUAAACCCAGUAAAGCUUGAAUUUUCUGAAUCCUGUACCGCGUUUGUACUGAAACGAUGGGGCGAGGACAAUCUAAGUUUGCUCGUGACUCCAGAAGUCUCCUGUCUGAAGAGCAGCUGCUGUGUUCGAUCUGUCUGGAUGUGUUCACUGAUCCAGUCACCACUCCAUGUGGACACAACUUCUGCAAAAGCUGCCUUACACGGUGCUGGGAGAAGAGUCAAGACGGUUACUGUCCAUUGUGUAAAGAGAAAUUCGCCAAGAAAACUAAACUGAAGAUUAAUACGACACUGAGAGAGGUUGCAGAUCACUUCAAGAAGAAAAGUGUUCCAGACAAACCUAAGUUUCUUUGUGAUGUCUGUACUGGAGAGAAGGUGAAGGCCAUGAAAUCCUGUCUGGAUUGUGGACUGACUUCCUGUAAGUCUCAUUUAAAACCUCAUAAUCAUGUUCUAAAACUUACUAAACAGAAACUAAUAAAUCCUGUGGAGAACCUGAAGGACUACAUAUGCCAGAAACACGAGAGAGCUCUGGAGCUGUUCUGUAGAGAUGAUCAGACAUGUGUGUGUCAGUUGUGCAUUAAAGGAGACCACAAGAAUCACAACACUGUUCCUAUAGAGGAGGAGAUCAGAGAGUGGAAGACUCAGCUGGGGAAAACUAAAACAGAUGUACAGCAGAUGAUUCCGAGUCGACUGGAGAAGAUCCAACAGAUCAAACACUCAGUAGAUCUCAGAAAAAGAAACACAGAGAAAGAGAAAGCAGACAGUGUUGAAGUCUUCACUGCUCUGAUUCGAUCUAUUGAGAGAAGUCAGGCUGAGCUGCUGAAGCUGAUGGAGGAGAAGCAGAAAGCAGCAGAGAUGCAGACUGAAGAACUCAUUAAAGAGCUGGAGCAGAAAAUUACUGUGCUACAGAGGAGAGACACUGAGCAGGAGCAGCUGUCACACACUGAGGAUCAUCUCCACCUCCUACAGGUUAACUCGUCCAUGUUCAGGCUUCCACACACCAAGAACUGGACUAAGAUCAGUAUUAACACUGAUCUGAGUGGAGACACUGCGAGGACAUCUCUGUCUCAGCUUCAGCACAGUCUGAAUGAGAAACUCACUAAAACAAUCAAUGACAAGUUAAAGGAGGCAGUGGAUGUGAUUCUGGAUCCUGAUACAGCUCAUCCCAACCUCAUUCUUUCUGCUGAUGGAAAACAAGCGUCACUUGGAAACAAACGACAAAAUCUCCCUGAUACACCAGAGAGGUUUAAUCAGUGUGUCUGUGUUCUGGGGAAGCAGAGUUUCUCCUCAGGGAGAUUUUAUUAUGAGGUGCAGGUCAGAGGGAAAACUGCCUGGGAUUUAGGAGUUGUGAGAGAAAACAUUAACAGGAAGGGGAAGAUUAUAGUGAGACCUCAGAAUGGAUUCUGGUCUGUGAUAUUGAGGAAUAAGAAUCAGUAUUGGGCUUGUGCUGAUCCCCCUGUCCCCCUCACACUGAGAGAGAAGGUGGAGAAGGUGGGAGUGUUUGUGGAUUAUGAGGAGGGUCUGGUCUCCUUUUAUGAUGUGAACUCCAGAUCUCUUAUCUACUCUUUUAGUGGUCAGACUUUCACUGAGAAACUCUAUCCAUACUUCUGCCCUUGAUUAAAUGAUGGAGGUAAAAAUUCAGCACCACUGAUCAUCUCUCCUCCACUUUAGACUAAAGGAUUUUUAUCUCAUAAAAUUGGAUGUUAAAAAAGGAAUUAAAACCUUUUUUCUUUUUAAUGAAAUUAUGAAAUUCACAGAACAAUUUGAUACAAUCAGAAAUGUUUAAAAAAUCUGAUAAUAUUUUAAACUAUUAGAAAUUUUGAAUAAAUAAAAGCUAUGAACUUUACUUUUACUCUUUUUACUUUAACGAUAUAUA